CAUAGGUCAUUGUGUACCACAGAGAAGUUUAAUGUUUAGCUUUGUACUAUUCCUGUAUGUGAAUACAUUUAUGUAAUGGUGUGUUGUACUGUAGCACCUUAACAUCAGAAGAAGCUGCCAAGGACCCUGGACUGGAACUGCCCUGAGGUCAGGUCUCAUUCUCCGUAAUUUACCAACUCGAACCCCAAGAAAUGCGACGAGUUUUGGACUUGGAGCUAAAAUUCAGAGAAAGUGUAUGGACCUAGCAUGAGUAAGGAUGGAUAAGAAGAAGCACUGUGUGAAGCUGUCGGUCCAGCCCUCCAGAGCACUAAUGGAUGAGAAGUUCAUUGUCCUGGUGCAAAACGCCCCACCUGGUUUCCAGAUGACCAUCCACUCCCUCCACCACAGUGAAGAUGGACACAGCUGGGAGGCAUUUGGUCACUACACUGCAGACGCCACUGGAACAGUAAAUGUUUCUCAGGAUCACAGUGUGGGUGGGACUUAUUCUGGUGUGGAACCAAUGGGGUUACUGUGGAGCCUCAGACCAGUUCCAGGCAGCAAACCUCACCUCAGGUUUCGGAAGAUGAAUGUCCAGACUCCUAUGGAGGUCACCAUCUCAGUGUACCAGGGUCACCAGACUGUAUUCGUGGAUCAGGUGCAGCUGGCCAGUGUGCUGGUGGAGCGCUGGUACAUGGCACCGGGGGUCCGCAGGAUCCCUGUCACAGAGUCAAACCUCACUGCCACCCUCUUCCUGCCCCCAGGACCUGGACCUUUCCCUGGAGUCCUGGACCUUUGGGGGGGUGGAGGUCAGCUGGUGGAGUAUCGUUCAGCACUGCUGGCCUCUCAUGGUUUUGCCUCCCUAGCCCUCGACUACCUGACGCCUAAAAUCACCUUGAAAACCGGGAAGAUGGUAGAAAACGACUACUUUGAGACAGCCUACAAAUUCCUGCAGCAGCAUCCACAGGUCAGCGGCAGCAGGAUCGCCAUGAUGGGUCUUUCUUUCGGUACCACUAUGACCCUGAAGAUGGCUGUUUACUCCGAAGUCAUGAAGCUCAGCUGUGCGGUGUGUAUCAGUGGGAGUCAUAUCCAACCAGUUAAUGCAACAGUUGAAGAGAUUUUCAUAAUGUUUGACACGAAGUCAGAAAAGACGCGCAUCAGUGAAGAGAACGAAGUAAUCUGGCACGAUGUGGUGCUGCCAGUCCCCACCGAUCCUGGAAUGAAAGCGGAUGUUGGACGUCUGCAGUGCCCUCUACUGUUGAUCGUAGGUGAGGACGAUCAGAACUGGGCAGCCCCUGAAUCUGCACAAGAUAUAAAGGAGAUGAUGGAGCAGGCGGGGAACAGUCACCUACUAACCCUCCUGUCAUACGCAAACACUGGUCACCUGAUCGAACCUCCGUAUACGCCACAUACUCGAGCCAGCAGGUUCAAACCAGUCGGCUCAAAUGAUUGUGGUUCUGUGGGGUGGGGAGACGGUGGCUCAUUCUCGUGCUCAGGAAGACGCCUGGAGGAAGACACUGGCCUUUCUGCGGGAGAAUUUAUACAGCAGGAAAAACUCUGCCGUUACCUUCACGUCACACCUGUAACAGAGAUCUAGUAAAACACAGAUACCUUGACUUUAAUCUAAUAAUAAACAGAGUGUAAAUGAUUGAUAGUUGAACUUUUAUAUCCUUGCAUCUUGUGAAUAAACAGACUGAAUGUUUUAAAUCAUUACAAUCACAUAGAGAACAGUCAACACAUUCCGUCUAAUGAUUUCUAAAACAUUUGUCAAUGUUUUGGCGCCCAAAGUUUGUAUGUCAAAGGCUUAGUGUUGCGUUGAAAACAUGCACUUAAUGUACAACUGAAGUUGUUGGAAGGGAAAUUAUAUUUUGUUUCGGACGGUUUGAUUUUUCUCUGUGACAUUUAUUUUGUGUGAUUAAAAUGGAAAAAUACUUAUUUAUUAAAAUUCCUGAAAACUUAUCUGUGACAAAUAUCUGUCAAUAAACAUCGACGCCUUCUUAAAAUAAUCGCCUAAGUCAUUUUUUCAGAUUUUUCAGGAAACACAAAAAACUGAACCAUUUGUUGAAUAUUUACUAACAAUUUAAUUGAAACAGUUAUAACAACAGAUGCCUAUUGACAUACAAACAACAAGGUCAGUCAAACAUGGAACAUGAGAGAAUUAAAUGACGUAGGCAAAUUUUCGAACAUGCCUUUGUGACUUAGGCAAUUUUAAACCUUCUACUCUGUCAGGAAUAAAGCAUAACUAACAAACUAAACAUAAUGCUGAGGAGGCGUGUGCAUUUCUUCACUUCUCCUUCCAGCUCUUCUUUGCUGGAUUCUUGACUGAUCCCUAUUAGUGUGGCAAAUUGUCAAAGAAGUGAUGACACUCGACAGGCAUGAUGGACUUCAUUGACUGGAGGUCCUGGAACUUUCUCUCCUUGAUUGGCAGAGCACAUGGAAACAAUCUUAUCCAUGCCAUUGGCCCAUUUGGCACCUGUACCCUUUGUGGCAGUUCUUCCCACACAGAGGCUUCUGAGAAGGACAGUCUGAAAUGGACCUUGCCUUCACUGCUAAACUGAAGAGCCCGGAAGUCAUGCACAGUCGGGUCUCCAGCUUUUUUGCCUGGUCUGAUGCUAAAGAAGUAAGAUCCAUUCAGUUUCAGUAACUCAUCGUGCUUGAUUACUUUCACAUGGUAAGGUGAUGGCGUGAUUCUUGCAGUCUGGAGUAUAAUGACAUAGUCUCUUGGAGUGAAGAUAUGUGUAACUAUUUUGCGUUCAAUUGUGAUACGGAUCGUAUUAAAUGGUAGUUGAAUGUGACUUUAAAUUUUGCUCUACAAUGUCAGGUGAAUAUUAUACAUCAUGAACCAAAAUGGAGAAGACAAAAAGUAAUGUUGCAGGUUGUUUUGCUUGAAGCAUCUUUUAUUUUUGCAGAUGUGUGUCCUCCUUUGUACUGAACGGUCAGUGUCAGGUUCGAGUGUGCUGAACUCAGAAAAGGUCAGAAAAAGAUCUUAUCUUGCAGCUUUGUGGUAAAAGUGAGCUGAGUUCAUCUUGAUUAUGAACUUAGGGACUUUCUGUGGUCAAGAAUUGCUCAAGUGUUAGAACUGGAUGUACUUACGGAAACUCUUUGUGGUUUAACUAUGCAUUGUAAGCUAAACUGUUGGUGCAAAUGUCAAACCGAGGUGUGAUUAACUCAGGUGAACUUUCUAAUGUGUUUUUUGUUAGAAUUAGCUAACGUGGAGUUAUUGACGUAAGCUGUGACAUGUUUUACCCAGCAACAAGUGUUCAACCAAUCAUUGAGAUUAUGUACCAAAUAUGGAAGUCUUCCAAGGGACUGAAGACUAUAAAAUUGUGAUGACGAGAUUAGACAAGGGGGGGACAAAUAGUGUGUUUGAUGCUAGACUAAUUGAUAACUGACUUCUUUCCUUUUUGUAACCUUUUCCUAUGUUUGCCUGAAGCAAAAAAACAAACAAUUGCUUUAACUUUUUAAAACCUGUCUUGUUUUUUGGUGAGUUCUUCCAUUUCUCCUGGUUUGGUCCUUCCAUCCGAAACAUAAGUGGUGAGUUAAUUUAAAUUACGUGACCCCCCUCUGGGGCAGCCCGGAUUUAACUGGACGGUCAAUUUUACGGAAGUAUUGGAGUAAAGUGGAGAAACACUGGUGGUCGUGUUCUGCAUGGGCACGCAGUUUAAGUCAGAGCAAAGUGGAAAGAGUACCCGGUGUAUAAAAUAUAAAGAUGUCUGACGCGGCAAAUUCAAUGUAAUUGUGGUUUUUGAGAUUUACUGUUACUGGCAUGUUCAAGACAACAGUACUAUGCAUGCUGUCACACUCCAUUUGUGUAUGACCUGCAACAAGGUAUUUCUGUGUUAUUAGUACCCCAGAUUUCCUUGCAAGCUCAGAGUAUGCAUUCGCCACACAUGCAUUGCGAUUCUGAUAACCGCAGCCGUCGCUUCAUACUAUAAUCUCCUUGAGUUCUGGAUGGCCUUUGAUCACACCUUCAAAAUGACGAUACUGAAGAUGUGCAGACACCUCACUACACAGGUCACCUUCUGAUUCGUCCCAAACGUAGCAGUAGCCUUCCUUUGAUCUGAAGUUGAAAAGGGUAAAGUUAUGGACCUGCAGUCUUGUUCUGAAAUACAGGCUGCUGGCUUGGGUUUUUGGACACAGUAGCACAGCUAGCAAGUCCAUUGUCCAAACGGACUUCUCUUCGUUAGCAGAAUCCUUGUCCCGGGAUUUCUCUUGCCUCGCUUCAUCCUUCUUGGUGACGCGUGCGUCAUAUGCAGCCUUACUGAUAUUCCCAUGUUUGAAUGAAGCACAAACAUCACACUGAUCUUUACGUGGAGUAAAUACGGAAUAGUUCUCCUCAUGGAACACAGCUGUGAAAUAUUGGGCUCCAACAGCCCUCACUCCAGCAGUUGCAGCUGCCUGUUGAUAUUCACGAUGUAGUUGGGAGAUGGUUGUGCCUGGGUAAAGGAACUUCUUGUCUUUGUAGGUAGCUGUGCUUCUGCAGUAGUGUGAAUCAACACUGGGUAGGUCCCUCAACCAGUUCUUAAUGAAAUCCUUGACAUCAGGUUCAACCUUUGUCUGCUUGCCACUCUUAGGUCCAGAUUUAGAUGGCGCCACUGCUUGUUUUUCAGGGUCGAUGGGGUCGUUCAGCCAUUUUGUAAUGGUUCUUUCAGGGAGACCAAGUGUAGAGGAAAAAAGUGCCUUGCACACUUGAACACUUGUUCCAUCUUCAAGCUUCAGUAGGCAGGACAAUGAUAAAUUGUGUUGGGAUCCCUCAGCAACUUUUCUUUGCUUUAUGUUAACCUUUGUGACCAAAGUGGUGACGUGUAACCAACAUUCUUCCCAGGUGUUCAUUGCCCAAAUCUUGUCAAAUCCCCACUGCCGCUGCUCUUCUGUAAGGACUUGGCAGUCUCGAGUUGAGACUCGCUGACAGAACUUGGAGUUGCAGGGAGGACCCACAGCCUUUGCACUUCUUUCUUUGCCACCUUUGCUCUUGUAUGACAUUCCUUUGAGACGUUUCUGCUUGGAUUCAUUUUGCUUCCAUGUUCUUGGACUAAGGCGUUUAUUUCUUUUCUUUUUGCCUGUAUUGUUUAAAUCAACAUCCUCAUCCUCAUCCUCAUGCUGCUGUUCUAAAGUUGUUGCCACCAGUGUUAGGCUGUCUUCAUUUUCAGGGGCAGAGGACUCAUCACAGGUUGGGGUAUCGUCCGGAUCUUGAAUGACAUCAUCAUCAUCAUCACCAUCAUCAUUUGAUAUCUCCUCUUCAUGGUGUGUUACAUGCCAGGCAGUAAUCCAGUGCAGGAGUGUUUGUGGGUUUUUCCCUCCUCCUCUCUCUCCUCUCAUCUGUCUGCUCUCCAGGUGCCAUCAGACUGCUUGGCCUGCACCUGUGGGAAGUGGUGGUGGUGGCUAGUCCCAUCCCAGGGCACUCCUGUAAAAGGACCAUACCUGCAGUGAACGUCCUCUCUUUUCCUCUGUCUGCCUGUGGGAGCUGCUGCUCAUGGUCUUCUGCCUGUUACACUGACUUAUGCUUAAUCAUGUGUGGAGUGAGGUUGUGGGCUUAGGUCAGUCAGGGUACCCUAUACACUUUCCUACCCGUAAAUCACUUUUGUAUAGAUGCAUUAGGUUAUAGGGUUGGUGCCACUUCUGUAUUUAUCUUUUGGUUAAGUUCUUUUUUUAGAAAGGAGUCAGGUUUUUGUUUAAGUUCUGUUUUAAGGACAGAAUCAGUUUAGGCACAUUUUAUUGUAUUUUUCUGAUUUUGGUUGGCACAACCCCCUUGUCCCUUCCUCCUCCACAUUAUUGAUCAUUUGUUAGUUUUUGGGUUUUUUUGUUCAAUAAAUCUUUGUCACUUGUUUCCACCUA